UCAUCGUAUCGGAAAAUGGGAAGCCAUGGCACUCAAGUGAAAAUUUGUAUUUCAAGUUGAAAUAUUUGAAGAAAAGUAACAAUUUAGUGCGGUUUUAGUGAAUUUCGGUUAGUUAACAAGUUCUGUACACCAGUGAAUGCAAUGUACGGGCGUGGUGCUGGCAGUGGGAGGGGUCAAAAUGGAUCAAAUUACUCGGCUCGGUCGGCUGGUGGUGGCGGAGGCUCAUCGUCGAUGAACAUGGCGGUAGCCGGUGGAUCUGGAAGGAUGGCACCGGUGAAAAACUAUCAGACCGUUCCAUCGGAUUCCGGAAUGGUAAGUUCAAGCGGUGGCGCUAUGCUGGAAGGCGAAUGGAGCUCACUGAAUCCAAGCUUAUAUCAAAAUAUGUCCAACGAGCAAGUUGACUGGGCUGCGCUUGCUCAACAAUGGAUUCAGAUGAAGGAAACGCUCCCAGCGGACAUGGUUCCGGCAGCGCCACCUCCUCCUAUAAUUUCGGAGAACUAUGGCUCGAACAGUAGAGAUUCGCAACCCGAUGGUGGUCGGUUGGGAUCAGUGGAAGAGCAAGGUGAAGCACCAAUGGAGGUUGAACGUGAUGAGGACCAUUCGUCAAUAGGUCAUCAACAACAGACAUCACAUGCUUGGGAUAAUGGGACGGUUUCGUGGCAAUAUCCUGCACAUUCCGAGUGGCGCAAUCCUGCGUGGGAUUCGAACUGGUCAUCGGGUUCUUCUAACUCGAAUAAGGCUUAUGAUUCCAACUCCAUGACGGUCACAGUGAAUCCGAAUGCUACAAUCGCUGUUGCCAACUGGCAAGCAAAGAUUGCCCGCAUCUAUAAGUUGGGCGAUUCGAGCAAUUCGAGUGCUAUUGCUGGAACUGUGCAACCAAGUUGUCAGUCCAACCAUCAGCAACAGCAGCAGGAUGUGCAAUCAAAACGGAUACCUGGUUUGAUGGAUCAGGUGAUCAAGUUAGAUCACGAUUCAGUAGACCCAGGUGACCAGGAGGAUGACACUACCCAGACCAUUAACGACGCCAAGCGGAAGCUGCUGCCUGCCUGGAUCCGAGAGGGGUUGGAAAAAAUGGAACGUGAGAAGCAGCGUCAAGCAGAGAAGGAGAAGGAACAACAGCAGCGAGCGGAAUUGCUACAGCAACGAAGACAGGCAGAAUUGGAAGCACUCAGUGAGCUGGAGGCCGCUAAGAGGAAGAGCAAAUUCGAAUCGGAUUCUGAAGAAGACGAAGCAGAACGUGAGGAUAAACAGGAUGAUGAUCCUCGCAGUGAAGAAAGUCCAGUGCCUUCUCGCUCUCGCGAUGAGAUCUUGCAGGAGCUGAUGAUCGCCGUCCGUAAGAACCUAACGGAAAUCUUACUGGAGGUGACCAAUGAAGAGAUUGCCCUUGUGGCUAAAGAAACAUUAGCUAAGACCCGGAGAAAAGCACCAACAGCUCAAGCGCUGCGAAAGACCGGUCUUGCGACUCUCACUGGUGGACUUGGUCUAGGCAUCUAUGGAGAUAGUGAUGAAGAGGAUGAAAGCGGAUCGGAUAACGAUCGAGACGACGAUGGAAAUAGUGAGGAUGAUGAGGAAGCUGAAAGAGCAUUAAGGAAUACCAUCAAGCUGCGUCAAAAAGAAUUUGAAUGGACAGCCCGUGAGAUCGAGGAUCAGAUUGCUAAGGAGGAAGCUGUCGAGGAACGUAAAAGGAGAGAAUACGAGCAAACCGUGCGUCAGAAGGAUCAACAGCACAAUGCCAGUGAUGAAGACGAUUACGUCGCCGGAAGUGGUCGAGCUGGAUUGGGGCAUUCCCAACAGAUGGCUGCGGUACCGGGUACCAGUGGUGGUAAAUUUGGACCAAGAGACGGUGAGACCCAGCCUGUUAAUGAUAAACUAUAUGCCUACAAGCUCGGACGAUCACGUGACAAGCGAGUUUCUCGGUUCAGUGACCCGAAGGAUACAGUCCGUCAGACCCACAUAACGCAUGUGGCGAUCGUUAAUCACAAACCUGGGGAAGUUGUUCCACCUCUAGCAAUACCGAAGGUGAACCAAGCCAUUCCGGCAGUUCCGAGUGCUGGCAAUGUCGUUUCACCUCCGGUAAGCACUAGCUCGGCGUCCUCUAUGCCACUUUUCCCUGCCGCUGUAGCUGCAGUAAGGCAUUUGGAAGACAUUCGACGGGGCAGCAGUGUCGCUUCAGAGACGCCCUCGAACGCGUCCAGCAGUCGUGCCUCGUCUUCGCACCGCAGUGGUCGUGAAGCCGAAAAUCGCAAAUCGUCCCACAAGUCACGUAAAGCCAAAAAACAUAAACGUUCUCGCUACAGCCGCAGUGACGAUGAUGAUGAUGACGAAGACGAUCGUUAUUCGCAACAUUCGCGCAGAUCACAUAGCUCCGAACAAAGUGGUUAUUCUCGUCGACGAAGAUCCUAUUCACGCGACUCACGAGACGAUGAUCGAGAUCGAAAGUAUUCGUACAAAUCGCGAGAUCGUUCCAGUUCAAGAUCUCGCGAUCGGUACAAAUCAUCCAAAAGGCGAUCCCGGACUCGAUCUCGGUCCUCGUCGAGGCGAAGAUAUUAGGUCGGUUUUUUUUUUGAUUCGGAAUAAAACAUUGCUAGUGGUAUAAUAUGAUCGAUUCAAAUCGAAUGCGGUAUUAAAAGCCGGUAGUUUUGAAAAGUUUUCUGUAGAUACCAUUUAACUCAAAACUACCUAAGAAGUUUUCUUACCAUUUCGUUGAUUAUCCAACGAAAAUUGUAAUUUAUUGUAGAUCAUACAAAAGGCAUUUAGAUAAUGAUCAUGAGAUGCUUUGAGAUCGUUAAGCAGCAUUUCGGUGUUCCUCCAAAAUAUGCACAGUGCACGUGAAAUGAAUAACAACCAAAAUAGUAAUCGGUCAACGGAAUAAGUGAUGCGUUUAAAAGCAUAGCAGAUGGUGCUGAAAAAAAGAGCGAUAUCCAUUAAAUCAAGUAGAAUGAAUUUGUGUAUAGUUGAAAUCUGAAAGUUUGGCAGUGUUCAAAUACAGUGAAAUAGAAACCGCAUACCUAUCUACUUUCGGGUUAAUCUUAACUAGCAAAAGACAGCAAGUAGUUAAAGUACUUUGAAUGAAAAAAAUAAAACAAACUUGCAUGCAGACAGCGCCAGAUAAUGGUGCAUUGAUUAUUCCUUCAACAUUUAUCAAUACCGGGCCCGAAUAAAUACACAAUUCUAUUCCUCUCGAUAUAGCACAUAA